CUUGAACAAAAGCAGCCAAAUCCUCUCAGUACGCUCCCUCUUGACGUCUUAACGCAUUUCCCGUUGCUUCAACACCUACCGAUGGACGCGUUCACAACAUACAGCACUUAUUCUGCGGAUGCUGAGGACAACACUAUCUUUACGAUACCCGUUGACGAAGAGUCAGGUGGAAGAGGGAAUAAUGCGUACUGCAUCUUUUCAUGAGCUCCGGAAUACCCAACUGCACCUGUUAAUCGACAAGUUGGGCUUUCAAUCCUUAUGGAUUCUUCUUGUAUCAUCAUUAUCAUUAUUGCCUCAGCUUCUUUAUCGACAAUCCUCUUCUUUUUCCGAAUACUUCCCAUUUUGUUCUGUUACACAUUGCUUAUGA